CGCAGCCCUCUAUUAUCCCCAGGCAUGUGAAUUUGCUUGCUGCGAGGUAAUCGUCAAUUGUAAAACGUGACAAAACGUGGACCUUGAGCCAGAAUGUUAAAAUUACUGUUUUUUUGCAUCCUAUCCCAUCCCAUCCAGCGGGCAAUCCGAGGGACCGAGUCCGAGCCAGGAACCCCACGGCCCAGCCUCCAACUAAUCAGCAGGUGGGCUAGACCUAACUGCUCACUGUGCCUUGCCUCUGCUGCGGGUACAGUACAUGUACAGUACCAGGAUAAGGAUCCAAUGCGGAAUAUUGGCCGUGUUGGUCUGACUUACCUACCCGAUUCUGAGGAAUUCAUAUUUUCAAUAUAUGGAGGGAAAAUGCAGAGACAGGUCCUACACGGCUUGCUGGGCACUGUUUACCCGUUUUCGGUACCGAAAACUAGGUGGCCCGGGCCACCUGAGGCCCGACCGAGCAUGAUUUUAAGCUUCCAACGCGCGGCCGGGCCUAGAUUGAAGAUCGCUCCUGCGGGCUCCGUAGUAUGUACGUGCUGCACGUGCGUCUCGAUUUUGCUCUAGGUCACUAACUCUCGUGUUGAUUACCUACCUUGGGUGUCCCCGACAAUUUUGUCGCGAUUCCUCGAAUUUAGCUGGAAGCAUCAUUAUCGUCUCCACUAAUAAGCGCCGCAGACAUCCAUGAUUCUGCACGACGGCAAACAGCGGCUGCCAAGAAAUUUUUGGAACUGCCCGAAGCGCGUUGGUGUGGUCCCCCAAUCUGGGUAGGGUGGGCGAG